CGGCGAGUUUCUCUGUGGGACGCGCCUCUUCACACUCGACCACUCUGCACUCCAGUCUUCGGUGACAGAAGGUGCCUGUUGGGGUUACUACUCUUUUCUCUCCCUGUCCCCCUUCACCCAGUCCUUUCGGCCUCCUCUGCUCUUGGCCCAGAGAAGCAGCGGAGCUCGGGCCCCGCGGCGAGCGGCCCUCCCCUCCCCACCGUUCCCUCCCUCCGUCAGCCCCCGGCACCGGCCCGGGAGGAGACGAGGGUUUGCCAGGCCCGGGGCGGGCGGGGAGGCCUCGGGGAAGGGGGGGCCCGCUUCUCAGGCACCGAGGCUUCGACUCUUCAGUCCGGGCGAUGGACGCCUUGUGAGACUGGUCCCCCUCGCUGGGGGCGCGUUUGUGAGGCGGCGACCGACUGACUGUCCGGGAGCCCCCGGGCCCGGCCCUCCCUCGCCUUCCUCGGCCCCUCCCACUCUCUUUGGCCCUGGAGCUGCCACCGCUCGGGAGUCCGUGCUAGUCCCUGCCUCGCGUUGCCGCCGCCCUCCGGGCCUAGCCCGCCCAGUCCGCGCAGCGGCGGCGGCGGGGAGCCGGAGUCGUCGCCGCACCCGCCGCAUCCGCUUCCACUCGGUGCCGGCUCUUUGCCUUGCCCCUCAUGACUGCGGCGUCUCUGCUGCUACAGCCUUCCCGGCCGCCGCUUGCCGCAGGAUGGCUGCGGAUCGCGAGGCGCUAACCCCAGUGGCUCAGCUCCUCGAUAGCCCGCCGGCGAGCCCGCCUUGUGAGCCGAAGCAGCAGUCGCAGCAGGGCCCCGUGUCCCGCCUCGCCUUCGGAGCGACUUGUCAGUGCUAAGCGAGGAGUCGUCCGGUUUGAUCCUAACCCGUCGGGAGCCGGAGCCGUCGUAGCGGUACCUGCCAGCCUGCACGGCUCCUCCGGGUCGGCCCCUCACCCUCCCUUCAUUCACAAAUUCGGCCCGGCUCGCCUCGCUCCAGCGGACCGACCAUGUCCGGAGGCGCCGCGGAGAAGCAGGGCGGCACUCCGAGCUCCCUGUUCCUCUCGCCGCCGGCGCCUACCCCCAAGAAUGGCUCUAGCUCAGAUUCCUCUGUUGGGGAGAAACUGGGCGCGGCGGGGACAGACUCUGGAACUGGCAGGACUGAGGAGUACCGGCGUCGCCGCCACACUAUGGACAAGGACAGCCGUGGGGCGGCCGCGACUACCACCACCACCGAGCACCGCUUCUUCCGCCGCAGCGUCAUCUGCGACUCCAACGCCACGGCGUUGGAAUUGCCCGGCCUCCCGCUUUCUCUCCCUCAGCCCCCCGUCGCCGCAGCGGUUCCACAGAGUACUCCUUCGGAGCCCCAUCGCGAGGAGACCUUGACCGCGACCGUCGCUGCCCAGGUAGCCCAGCAGCCUCCCGCCGCAGUUGCUGCCCCGAGAGAACCCGCUGCCCCGGGCCCUGCAGCCUCGACUGCCCCCAGCAGUAUCAGCAAAGACCGCCAAAUUUCCCAGCCCGACCAUGUGGGGAGCAAAGAGGAGCCUCCAUCAGCGAGAAGCGGCAGCGGCGGCAGCAGCGCCAAGGAAUCGCAAGAGGAACGGAGCCAGCAACAGGAUGAUAUCGAAGAGCUGGAGACCAAGGCCGUGGGAAUGUCCAACGACGGCCGCUUUCUCAAGUUUGAUAUAGAAAUUGGCAGAGGCUCCUUUAAGACGGUCUACAAAGGACUGGACACUGAAACCACUGUGGAGGUCGCCUGGUGUGAACUGCAGGAUCGAAAGUUAACAAAGUCUGAAAGACAGAGAUUUAAAGAAGAGGCUGAAAUGUUAAAGGGUCUUCAGCAUCCCAAUAUUGUUCGAUUCUAUGAUUCCUGGGAAUCCACAGUAAAAGGAAAGAAGUGCAUUGUUUUGGUGACAGAACUUAUGACAUCUGGAACACUUAAAACAUACCUAAAAAGGUUUAAGGUGAUGAAGAUCAAAGUUCUACGAAGCUGGUGCCGGCAGAUCCUUAAAGGACUUCAGUUUCUUCAUACUCGAACUCCACCUAUUAUUCACCGAGAUCUUAAGUGUGACAACAUCUUUAUCACUGGUCCUACAGGCUCCGUCAAGAUUGGAGACUUAGGUCUGGCAACCCUGAAGCGGGCUUCUUUUGCCAAGAGUGUGAUAGGUACCCCAGAAUUCAUGGCCCCUGAGAUGUAUGAAGAGAAAUAUGAUGAAUCCGUUGACGUUUAUGCCUUUGGGAUGUGCAUGCUUGAGAUGGCCACAUCUGAAUACCCUUACUCAGAGUGCCAGAAUGCUGCGCAGAUAUACCGUCGUGUGACCAGUGGGGUGAAGCCAGCCAGUUUUGACAAAGUAGCAAUUCCUGAAGUGAAGGAAAUUAUUGAAGGAUGCAUUCGGCAAAACAAAGAUGAAAGAUAUUCUAUCAAAGACCUUUUGAACCAUGCCUUCUUCCAGGAGGAAACAGGGGUACGGGUAGAAUUAGCAGAAGAAGAUGAUGGAGAAAAGAUAGCCAUUAAAUUAUGGCUACGUAUUGAAGAUAUUAAGAAAUUAAAGGGAAAAUACAAAGACAAUGAAGCUAUUGAGUUUUCCUUUGACUUGGACAGAGAUGUGCCAGAAGAUGUUGCUCAAGAAAUGGUAGAGUCUGGGUAUGUCUGUGAAGGUGAUCAUAAGACCAUGGCAAAGGCCAUCAAAGAUAGAGUGUCAUUAAUUAAGAGAAAACGGGAGCAGCGGCAGUUGGUGCGGGAGGAGCAAGAAAAAAGAAAACAGGAAGAGAGCAGUUUCAAACAGCAAGUAGAUCAACAAUCAAGUGCUUCCCAGGCAGGAAUCAAGCAGCUCCCCUCUGCUAGCACUGGCAUACCUACUGCCACUACCACUUCAGCUUCAGUGUCUACACAAGUAGAACCUGAAGAACCUGAGGCAGACCAACAUCAGCAACUACAGUACCAACAACCUAGUAUAUCUGUGUUAUCUGACGGCACUGUUGACAGUGGUCAGGGAUCUUCUGUCUUCACAGAAUCUCGAGUGAGCAGCCAACAGACAGUUUCAUAUGGUUCCCAACAUGAACAGGCACAUUCUACUGGCACACUCCCAGGGCACACAGCUUCUGUUGUCCAAGCACAAUCUCAGCCCCAUGGGGUAUAUCCACCCUCAAGUAUGGUAAGAGCUUCAGACCAUUAUAGAAUGCUGCAUCCUCGUCGUGGCCGUAGCAUGUCGGUUUGUGUUCCCCAUCUUUCUGCUGUUCCCUCUCUGUCCCGCAUCUCUCCCAGUGCUCCUUCCACCCCACCACCAGUGCAGUCUGCACCUCUUUCUCCUCCCCUCCUUCGGACUGCCCCUGAGGAAACUUUUGCCGAAAAGCUUUGUAAAGCAUUGGAGAGUGUCCUGCCUAUGCACUCUGCCACUCAGCGCAAGCACCGACGCUCCAGCCUGCCUUCCCUCUUUCCUCAGUCCAUGGUGCAUCCGUGUGGGGGGACCCCAACAUACCCAGAAUCACAGAUAUUUUUCCCAACUAUUCAUGAACGUCCAGUUUCCUUUUCACCACCUCCCACCUGUCCACCGAAGGUGGCCAUUUCCCAGCGGCGUAAGAGCACCUCCUUCCUGGAAGCCCAAACUCACCACUUCCAACCCCUGCUGAGGACUGUUGGCCAAAAUCUUCUUCCACCUGGUGGCAGCCCAGCUAACUGGACACCAGAGGCCGUAGUUAUGCUGGGUACUACAGCCAGUAGAAUAACUGGAGAGCCAUGUGAGAUACCGGUCAAUCCUUUGUUUGAACCACCUCAAGUUUACAGUGACUGUAGACCUGGACUAGUACUUUCAGAAGAAGCUCACAGUUUUGUUCCUCAGGAAGCCUUGUAUCUAGCUGGGGUACAAUACCAGGCCCGGGUGGCAGAACAGUAUGAGGGUAUUCCAUACAACUCACCAGUACUGUCAAGUCCUAUGAAACAGAUACCUGAACAGAAGCCAGUACAAGGGGGCCCUACCUCACGUUCUGUCUUUGAAUUUCCGUCUGGACAGGCUUUCUUGGUAGGACACCUUCAGAAUUUAAGAUUAGAUUCUGGAUUGAGUCCAGGAUCUCCCCUCUCUAGCAUUUCUGCACCUAUCAGUACAGAUGCUACAUGUUUGAAAUUUCACCCUGUCUUUGUUCCUCAUUCUGCGCCUGCUGUGUUAACUCAUAACAAUGAGAGCAGAAGCAAUUAUGUAUUUGAAUUUCAUGUUCACACUCCAAGCUCCUCUUCAGGAGAAGGAGGGGGAGUUUUACCUCAGCGUGCUUACCGAAAUCGACAGGUUGCAAUGGACUUGAAUCAGGAAGAAUCACCUCCUCAACCAGUUGGAUUACAUGGCCACCUGCAGCCUGUGACUGAAGAACAGCAUAAUUAUGUCCCAGAAUUGACCGUUUCUGUGAUAGAGCCUAUCGGACAGAACUGGCCAAUAGGAAGCCCAGAAUAUUCCAGUGAUUCCUCACAAAUUACUUCUUCAGACCCCAGUGAUUUUCAAUCACCUCCCCCUACAGGGGGAGCAGCUGCACCUUAUGGCUCUGACGUCUCAUUACCCUUUAUCCGUCUGCCUCAGACAGUGUUACAAGAAUCCCCACUUUUCUUCUGUUUCCCCCAAGGAACCACAUCUCAGCAGGUUUUAUCUGCCUCAUAUUCUUCAGGAGGAUCUGCACUCCAUCCACAGGCACAGGGGCAGAGCCAGGGUCAGCCAUGCUCAAGUAUUGUAACAGGGGUUUCAUCUUCCCAACCCAUACAACAUUCUCAGCAGCAACAGGGAAUACAACAGACAGCCCCCCCUCAACAGACAGUGCAGUAUUCACUUCCACAGACAACAACCUCCAGUGAGGCCACUACUGCACAGCCAGUGAGUCAGCCUCAGGCUUCACAGGUCUUGCCUCAAGUAUCAGCUGGAAAACAGCUUCCAGUUUCCCAGCCAGUACCAACUAUCCAAGGCGAACCUCAGAUCUCAGUUGCAACACAACCCUCAGUUGUUCCAGUCCAUUCUGGUGCUCAUUUCCUCCCUAUGGGACAGCCACUCCCUACUUCCUUACUCCCUCAGUACUCUGUCUCUCAAAUUCCUGUAUCAGCUCCUCAUGUGUCUGCGGCUCAGACAGGUUUCUCAACCCUUCCCAUCACAAUUGCAGCUGGCAUUAAUCAGCCUCUGCUCACCUUGGCUUCAUCGGCUACAGCAUCUGUGAUCCCAGGGGGAUCAACUCUGGCUUCUAGUCAGCUUCCAACUCUUCUGCAGCCUGUGACUCAGCUGCCAAGUCAGGUUCACCCACAGCUUCUGCAGCCAGCAGUUCAGUCCAUGGGACUACCAGCUAACCUUGGACAAGCUGCUGAGGUUCCACUUCCCUCUGGAGAUGUUCUGUACCAGGGCUUCCCACCUCGAUUGCCACUACAAUAUCCAGGAGAUUCAAAUAUUGCUCCCUCUUCCAGCGUGGCUUCUGUUUGCAUCCCUUCUACAGUCUUAUCCCCUCCCAUGCCUACAGAAGCAUUAGCUACACCAGGUUACUUUCCUACAGUGGUGCAGCCUUAUAUGGAAUCAAAUCUUGUAGUUCCUGUGGGCAGUAUAGGAGGACAGGCUCAAGUGUCCCAACCAGCAGUGAGUUUAGCACAAGCCCCCACUACAUCCUCCCAGCAAGCAGCUCUGGAGAGUACUCAGGGAGUGUCUCAGGUUGCUCCUCCAGAGCCAGUUCCAAUAGCACAGCCACAACCUACCCAGCCUACCACUUUGGUCUCUUCUAUAGACAGUGCACAUUCAGAUGUUGCUUCAGGUAUGAGUGAUGGCAAUGAGAAUGUCCCAUCAUCCAGUGGAAGGCAUGAAGGGAGAACUGCAAAACGGCAUUAUCGAAAAUCUGUAAGAAGUCGAUCUCGUCAUGAAAAGACUUCUCGCCCAAAAUUGAGAAUUUUGAAUGUUUCAAAUAAAGGAGACCGGGUAGUAGAAUGUCAGUUAGAGACUCACAAUCGGAAAAUGGUUACAUUCAAAUUUGAUUUAGAUGGUGACAAUCCCGAGGAGAUAGCAACAAUUAUGGUGAACAAUGACUUCAUUCUAGCAACAGAGAGAGAGUCUUUUGUGGAUCAAGUGCGGGAAAUUAUUGAAAAAGCUGAUGAAAUGCUCAGUGAGGAUGUCAGUGUGGAACCAGAGGGUGACCAGGGAUUGGAGAGUCUACAGGGAAAGGAUGACUAUGGCUUUUCAGAUUCUCAAAAAUUGGAAGGAGAGUUCAAACAACCACUUCCUGCAUCUUCCAUGACACAACAAAUAGGCAUUCCUACCAGUUCUUUAACUCAAGUUGUUCAUUCUGCUGGAAGACGGUUUAUAGUGAGUCCUGUGCCAGAAAGUCGAUUACGAGAAUCAAAAGUUUUCUCCGGUGAAAUAUCAGAUACGGUUGCUGCCUCUACGUCUCAUGGUGCUGGAAUGAAUUUGUCUCACUCUGCUUCAUCCCUUAGUCUACAGCAGGCCUUUUCUGAACUUAAAAAUGCCCAGAUGACAGAAGGACCCAAUACAGCACCUCCCAACUUUAGUCAGACAGGACCAACAUUUCCAGUAGUACCUCCUUCCAUGGGUAGCAUUGCUGGAGUCCCCACCACAGCAGCCACACUUUCAGUAUCAGUCCCUGUAACUAGCUGCCCUCUUAAUGACAUUUCCACAUCAGUCAUUCAGUCUGAGAUUACAGUGCCCACUGAAAAAGGGAUUACCACCUGCACAAGUGUAACUUCAAGUGAACUCUGUAUACCACCUGUGUCUGAAGAAUCACCAGUGCUUUCCAGCAUGGUUUCAGGCAUCACUAUACCUGCAGUGGUCUCAACAUCAGCAACAUCCCAGUCGGUUCUGGCUCCCACAUCUGGAAGUGUUGUUUCUAGUAUAGGUACUUUACCCUCUAGACCGAUUUCAACAACUUCAGCCUCUGCAGUGAGCAGUGCUGCUGCUCCAGGGGCUAAUCCUCCACCUGCAUUAUCUCAGCCAUCAGCAGGCAGUACUACUACAGGGGCAGCCACAUUAACGUCAGUUUCUAACACCACUCCGUUCCCAAGCAUAGCUUCACAGCCAUCUCUUCAGCUUAGCAGCAGCACCUCUGCUCCUACACUAGCUGAGACAGUAGUGGUUAGUGCACACUCACUUGAUAAAAUAUCUCAUAGCAGCACAGCUGGAUUGGCUUUGUCCCACUCUGCACCCUCCUCCUCCUCUUCCCCUGGAGCAGCAGUAUCUAGUUCCAUUUCUCAACCUGGCGGGGUGCAUCCUUUGGUCAUUCCCUCAGUUAUAGCUUCUACUCCUGUCCUUGCCCAAGCAGCAGGACCUACUUCUACACCUUUAUUACCCCAAGGACCUACUAUCCCACCUUUGGCACAGCCUGUUGCUAGUGUGCCUGCUGUACAGCAGACACUAAUUCAUAGUCAGCCUCAACCAGCUUUGCUUCCCAACCAGCCUCAUACACACUGUCCUGAAAUAGAUGCUGAUACACAGCCCAAAGCUCCUGGAAUUGAUGACAUAAAGACUCUGGAGGAAAAGCUGCGAUCUCUCUUUAGUGAACACGGCUCAUCUGGAACUCAACAUGCCUCUGUCUCAUUGGAGACAUCACUAGUAGUAGAAACCAAUGCCACACCAGGUAUCCCAACGACUGCUGUUGCACCCAGCAAACUCAUGACUUCAACUACAAGUACUUGCUUACCACCAACCAGUUUGCCAUUAGGAACAACUGGUUUGCCUGUUAUACCAGUGGUAACACCUGGGCAAGUUUCUACUUCAGUCAGCUAUGUUUCAGCCCCCGUCAGCACUACACCAGGAGUGAAACCUGGAACUGCUCCAUCAAAGCUACCUUUAACUAAGGCUCCAGUUGUGUCAGUGGGUUCUGAACUUCUAGCUGGUAUUCCAUCCAGUGAGCAGCUGCCACCUUUUCCAGGACCUUCACAAACUCAGCAACCUCUGGAAGAUCUUGAUGCUCAGUUGAGAAGAGCACUUAGUCCAGAGACUAUUGCAGUAACAUCUGCAGUUGGCCCUGGGUCCAUGGUGCCUCCAAAAGCAGUUACAGAAGCAGGAGCUCAGCCUCAGAAGGAUGUGUCACAAGUCACAGCAGCUAGUUCAGGAACUGGUGUUUUUAAGACGGGGCGAUUUCAGGUUUCAGUUGCAAUGGAUGAUGCCCAGAAAGAGGGUAAAAAUAAGUCUGAAGAUGCAAAGUCUGUUCGUUUUGAAUCCAGCACUUCAGAAUCCUCAGUGCUAUCAAGUAGUAGUCCAGAGAGUACCCUGGUGAAGCCAGACCCUAAUGGGAUGACCAUCCCUGCUAUCUCUUCAGAUAUGCCAGAUAGUGCCCACAGAGCUCCUGCCUCAGAAGCAAAGUCAGAAAUGGGGCAGCCUACCAAGGUUGGACGUUUUCAGGUGACAACUACAGCAAACCAAGUAGGUCGUUUCUCUGUAUCAAGAACUGAAGAUAAGGUCACGGAGGCAAAGAAAGAGGGACCAAUGGCAUCUCCUUUUAUGGAUUUGGAACAAACUGUUCUUCCUGCUGCGAUACCAAAGAAAGAAAAGCCUGAACUGUCAGAUCCUUCGCAUCUGAAUGGACCAUCUUCUGACUUGGAGGCUGCCUUCCUAAGUAGGGAUGUGGAUGAUGGUUCAGGUAGUCCACACUCCCCCCCUCAACUGAGCUCAAGGAGCCUUCCUAUCCAAAAUCUAAGUCAAAGCCUUAGUAACUCACUCAACUCCUCUUACAUGAGUAGUGACAAUGAGUCAGAUAUUGAAGAUGAAGACUUAAAGUUAGAGCUGCGACGACUACGAGAAAAACAUCUUAAAGAGAUUCAAGAUCUGCAGAGUCGCCAGAAACAUGAAAUUGAAUCUUUGUAUACCAAACUGGGCAAGGUUCCCCCUGCUGUCAUUAUUCCCCCAGCUGCCCCUCUUUCAGGAAGAAGAAGGCGACCCACUAAAAGUAAAGGCAGCAAAUCUAGUCGCAUCAGUUCCUUGGGCAGUAAAAGCCCCCAGCUUUCAGGUAAUCUGUCUGGUCAGAGUGCAGCUUCAGGCUUGCACCCCCAGCAAACCCUCCAACCUCCUGGCAACAUCCCAGAGACUGGGCAAAAUCAGUUAUUACAACCUCUAAAGCCAUCUCCCUCCAGUGACAACCUCUAUUCAGCCUUCACCAGUGAUGGUGCCAUUUCAGUACCAAGCCUUUCUGCUCCAAGUCAAGGGACCAGCAGCACAAACACUGUUGGGGGGACAGUGAACAGCCAAGCUGCCCAAACUCAGCCUCCUGCCAUGACCUCCAGCAGAAAGGGCACAUUCACAGAUGACCUGCACAAGUUGGUGGACAAUUGGGCCCGAGAUGCCAUGAAUCUUUCAGGCAGGAGAGGAAGCAAAGGACAUAUGAAUUAUGAGGGCCCUGGAAUGGCAAGGAAGUUCUCAGCACCUGGUCAGCUGUGCAUCUCCAUGACCUCAAACCUGGGUGGCCCUGCCCCCAUCUCUGCAGCAUCAGCUACCUCUCUAGGUCACUUCACCAAGUCUAUGUGCCCCCCACAGCAGUACAGUUUUCCAGCUCCUCCCUUUGGCACUCAAUGGAGUGGGACGGGUGGCCCUGCACCACAGCCACUUGGGCAGUUCCAGCCUGUGGGGACUGCCUCCUUACAGAAUUUCAACAUCAGCAAUUUGCAGAAAUCCAUCAGCAACCCCCCAGGUUCCAACCUGCGGACCACUUAGACCUAGAGACAUUAACUGAGUAGAUUUGGGGACAGGAAAGAGUGCUGAGUGAUUGGGGGUGGAGGGGUUAGUAGCCUAUAUACUAACUACUAGUGCUGCAUUUAACUGAUUAUUUCUUGCCAGAAAGGAAUGUUUUUAAUACUGCUUAGAGCCCUCAAAAUGGAGAGUCUUCCUCCCCUUCACCAUUAAUUGGAGUGGGACAAGAAGGAAAGAGCAGCUUUCUUGUGGUGGGGUAGCUUCAACUUGUGCUUUCCUGUUUACCUGUACCCAACAGUGAGGGCUAGGAAAGAGAAGGGCUUUUAUCAGGAAGCUAUUAGAGUGCUCAAGGGAAAACCAAACCCCACCUGUAUUUUUAAAUGGGUGUAGCUCUUAAUUUUGGUACCUAUCCCAAGUCCCUCAUUCCCUCAAGAAUCUAAGCGACAAGACAAAAGUAUUGGGUUCUUUCUUACCCUGUUCCUCCACCCACCCCUACUCUUCCCCCGCCACCCCUUUCUCUCUCUCUCUCUCUCUCUCUCUCUCUCUCUCUCUCUCUCUCUAGAACCCAGUGAAAAACACCAGAAGAUUGAAGUUUCAACCCUUUCUUAUGAUAGGUCAUUAGGCUUUAAGCAGAUGAUAUUAGCAGCUUUGACUGCAGCAUUAGUAAUUAGGAAAAAAACGUUCCCUGCGGACAUGUAACUUUGCCAUCAGUUUUGAUGUGGAAACACUGUGAUAUAUAAAUGUUGUUGGACAACAGUAGUUUUAAGAUGAAAAUAUGAAAGGUUUAGAAGGUUGAAAAAAAAAGCUAGCUCUGUCCUUUACUUAUUGAGACACUUUAACGUUUUCCUUUGUAUUUCCAUUGUAUUAGAUAAAUAAAUGUGAAUGUAAAAUUGUAUAAAUUACUUACUUGAAUACUUCUGUUCUCCCAGUAUUGCUUGCUGGAUAUUUUAGUGCCUUGGACUUCUAUUGCUUUUGCCAUUAGCAUCAACUUCUCAUCAGACCCCAGAUCAGCAAAGGGCAUGUGGGAGGAAAUCUAAGGCCCAGGUGACCCCAGCAGUGGGUUAUGCCAAAGGGAAAUUGAGAGUGUUCUUAAGUCAUUUAACAAGUUUGUCUAGAGCAGGUGUGAGAUGAGCAGGUUGAGAAAUUAAGUUGACAUCAGUGCUUGAAAGCAGAAAGUUCUGUUUCAGGAAUAGUGAGGAGGGGUGCUGUAAUAAAAUUGGGCAAUUUAAAAGAUUAAAGGAGGCGUGGGACAAGUGAAAGAAAAAGACUAAGGUAUGGGAGAACAAACUUGUUUGAAGUAAUGUGAUGCCUGGCCAUAGCCUUACUCAUUGAGCUGGGCUUGAACAGACCUAGAAGAAAUGGCUGAACAUGGGAAGCGAGAGGGGGUUAGUUUUGAAGUUGGAAAACGUGAUAGUGAAAAGUGUCACAGAUGGAGAAAGUUGCUCUAAAAAAACUGUUUGGAUUGCUUUCCUCUUGUUGCAAAUGUGCCAGGCAUUUCUCAGCUUGGGGUAUUGCAUUUUUGUGGAAAGUGGAACCACAUCUGAAGUAAGCAUGAUAGGAAAGAAUCAUAUUCUUCCUGUUCUUCUCCUAUGUCCAAAUGGUUGCAGGAUCAUAAUCUGUUGUGCCACCUUUAUUUCUGCAAUUGCAACUGAUAUUCUCACAUUUCAUUUUAACAAAUAUUCUCCUUAAGUAAUAACUGCAACCAACCAGUGUUAUUUAGUGCUAUGCCUAAUUAUAAUGGGCAGUUCUAUUAUUUUCAGAGCUUUCAGGAAAUACUCUCCUAAUUGGCUAACUGGGGGUCUCUAUUAUCUCUGAAGAUGGGGAAAAAGUUAGGACUCUUAAUUUUUUGGGUGCUUCUUGUCUUGACUCUUGAGUUGGGAAAUUGACAUAUUUCCAACCUCUUACCCACCUCAACGGCACAUCCCAGGAAUCACCACAAUAGGAAGAGCCUGUUUGGCUCUCCUGUCCGGUUGUCCCUUCGUGGGCCCUGUUUCUUUACAUUAGCCUAGGCCCCAGUGAUGCAAAUGAAAGCUUAAGGUUUUAGGAAGGUAGAAAUGAAAAGGGCAGAGGUUCCAAGCCCUGCUUCAAAAUUGUUUACUUAUUCUCUGCUUAUAAUUCUUGGGGAGAUGGUAAGAGUAAGGAAUAGAACAAAGAAGGUGGCCAAAUUAACGAGAAAUGGACUACCUGAGACAAAUGAAACAAUACGUUUUACUAGAGAAACAAGCCAAAUGCAGCACAUUGUUUGUUAUUUUGGUUCAAUAAUUUUGGGAUCUCUUCAUUCACAAAAAGAAAGAACUGGUUUUAUUUACUGUUGAUUUUUUUUUCCUUCCUGUGGAUGAAAUAACUGAAACCUAGAGGAAUGAACUAGCUACUGAAAUGUUUAAAUUAUUUUUGUGUUAAUAGUACACUUUGAGUAUCUUUUUCCACAUUAAAAAAUCUUUCUGAAUUAUAAAUGUUUUCCUUACAUUAUUUAACAAUGUAUACUGUUUAAAAAAAAAUGAAUAAACAAUUCAAACCUUGGGUUUCUCCGCAGCCGUUAAUUGUACAUUUUGCACUAACUCUGGGUGUUGCGCUUCUUGUAAGAUUGCGCUUUGUGCUUCAGUUUGUAACCUUUGUAGACUUAUUUAAUGAAACCAUUCAAAUAAACCAAACUUGCUUUUGA